CUUGACAAUGCUCAGGGGAAAAUCAGCCGGGGGGGGAUACGAAGAUUAUAUCAAGUGGAUUUGACAAGUAACUCAGCCCAUGAGAAUGACUCUGUGGUAUCAUAAUAAUGGAUACCCGUCGAGUUUAAGAGCAACAACGGAUUUUGGGAACCCGGCUUGAGUACCGCUAUCAUCUGAAGUUGGAUAUCGUAAUCACCGCAAUGACUGAGUCCUCCAAACCGCCUUUAGGGAGGAGAAUGAAGGCACGUGCCCCACCUCCACCGCAGGCCCCACAACCUGCUCCACGCCACAUCUUCAGAAACACUGUACCUGAUGGAGGAGGGACACCAGGCAUGGACGCCAAGGAGAACAUGCUUAGGCCCACUGUGGACUUGAAGCUUACUCUACCACAGGGAUACCAGACAUCUGUCACUGAGGAUGGCAGUAAGGCGCUGAUGGACCUGCUGGUUGAGCUGUGUAGCCGCUACCACCUGAACCCUGCACUGCACACCCUGGAGCUGUUGUCGCCUGAGGGCUACCCUCUGGGGUUCAAGCCCAACGCUCUGCUGGGCUCCCUCAACGUGGCCUGUGUCCUCAUCAAAGAGAAAGUCUGGGAGGAGAAAGUGGUGCGCAGACCAGCACCUAAAGUGCCAGAGAAAACAGUGCGUUUGAUGGUGAACUACCACGGUAGCCAGAAGGCAGUGGUACGGGUCAACCCAUUGGUACCACUCCAGGCUCUGACACCGGUCAUCUGUGACAAGUGUGAGUUUGACCCUGCACAUGUCCUGCUCCUGAAGGACAGCAUCAGUCGCCACGAGUUACCACUGGACAAAUCUCUAACAGAGCUGGGGAUCAAGGAGCUCUACGUACACGAUCAGAGUCUAGUUCUCCAGCCUAAAAUGGCUUCUGCCCCUGUUCUUAACUACUCAGACUCCAUUUGCUCCAGUACCACCAGUUUAGCCAGAGCAGAGAAAAAAGGCCUCCUGGGUAUCUUCCAGUUCAGCAGGAGGAAAUCCAAGACAGAGGCAACAUCUGUGGACAUGGAUGACUGUGAUGCUAAAGUAAUCCAAAAUACUGACACACAAUCCAAUGGUCUUUCCACGGUGUCUGGAGUACCCAGUGUAGAAGAUCGGCCCAGCACCUUGGGCCAGUCUCAGUCGGUCAUGACUCUACCCAGGAUGUCUCCCAAAGCUGACACCAAGAAGAGGAGGGCCCCAGCACCACCUGAAGCCCCAACACCUGUUAUGGGACACCCUUGCUUUGAGGUCUGUCAGAUGGGUCCUGGCUCAGAAAGCCAACAGAGGAAAAGAAAGGCUCCAGCCCCUCCACCAACCCCAGCUUCCAUCACCCCAGGCUCUGAUGAAACUUCAGCCUCUACUGCUCCCACUCCUGAUAGCCAUGCUACUGAAACACCUACCCCAGCCUUCCGCUCCAAGGUGGCACAGUCAGUUCCAGUCUCCUCUACCAUUGUGGUAAUGCAAACAGUAAAACCAGCCCCCUUGAAAACAGCAGUACAACCUGCCAUCCCAGCUACCAGCUCCCCAACCCCAAGCAGCAGCACCACUGACAGCCUAGCUGUCCAGGAUUCCAGCUCUGAACUCAGCCACAGCCUUGAUGACUCAGAUGCUGACCUAGACCAGGCUGGUUCCCAAUGCAGCAGCCUCUCCAGCAGCACAGUGAGCGGCUCUGUGCUGGUCCAGCCAGCACCAAAGAGCUUUAGUAGCAGGAUGGAGGAAUCACAGGAGUCUAGCAGCUUGGCUGCCAAAUUAAAUCAAGAGGUGAUCUCGGCCAGCAGCUCCAGGUCGGAGACUGAGUCGGCCCUCAAUCUGAAACUGGAUGAAGUUGAGAACAACAGACACAGCGCAAUGGGAACUGCUGAUCAACUAGCGCCGCCCAAACCUCGGCGUUCCCCGGCCCGGGAACCACCACAGCUUGUCCUGCCCCCUACCCUAUCAACUCCUCCCAUUGAGCCCACAGAAAGUAACUCCCCAGAGAGUCCCAUGCAAGUGGAGGAAGUAGCUCCCCAGUCCUGGCUCCACUCCAGCUCUGCAGCCAGAGGCCAGAAACCAGAAACUGAAACACCUGAGGCGGAAACUCUGUCGCUUGGCAGCAGCAGUGGUGGCAGCAGCCUGCCUGACCAGGGUUAUGCCGCUUCAGAGGGCAUGGGAGAGGGCGAGGACUCAGGCAUGGUCAGCUCUCCAUCUGACACCCAACCCACAUCGCCAGAUGGGAGUUUGUCUCUGGAUGGAAGUAGUGGAGGCAGAGGAGAGAGACUGCCAGGACCAGUACGGGACAAUUCCAGUGACAGUGAUGAGGGAUGUGCCACCUGGGGAUCAAGACAUAGGCACAAUGACAUCACAGCCCAGCUCCAUCAGACAUUGGCAGAUUUUGAGGCAGACCUUGCAGACCACAUAGAUAUUGUCUCAGCGAAGGAGACUCCCUAUACCAUGUCCACAGACAGUAAUGAGGUGCCAGUGUCUGUAGUGGACAUGGAUGUGCCAGUCACAGCCAUAGAUGAAGUACUAGAGGACUAUGAACGUAACAUUGUAGAAAAUGAGGCAAAGUCACUUAGGAGGACUGAGUCAGCUGGCAGCAAAGGUCCAGGUUUUUGUCAACAGUCCAGUACGGAGCCACAGAACAAAAACAACAAUGCUUGCACACCUGAGCAUAGCAAGUCAGCUGAGAACAAGUCUAUAGUUGAUAAGAAGGAAGAAAAGAUAAUAGAGAGAAAAAUUAAAGAGAUGAGUAUCACUGAAGCCAACAGUGUGAAAGAGGACGAACAAAGAAUAACAUCAGCAGUGAAAUCUAAUGUCGACAUGCAGAAACAGAGCAAGAGCACUGAGAUAAAACCUGUUCCUGCCAAAAGUAAUGCUCAAUCUUUUCAAGAGAAGAAACCUGUUGUACCACCAACCAAUCAGAAAUCAAUGUCUACAGAAAAAGCUGAAGAAAUGCAUAGAGUUUACCACAACAACUCAAGCUCUACUACUUUGAAUGGUAAAAUCACUCGCAAUGUCACAUCGCGCUUUGGUAUGAAAACUUUCACUGUGGUCCCUCCCAAACCUUCUGUCACACAUGCUGCUACAGGAGAUCCAGCUGUCGCAUUAAUUUCGGGCGCCAUUAAGAUUGAUGAUCAAGGAAACAUGGUGAAAGUGGGUAUCUCCCGGAACAGAGUUGGUGGUUCAUCAGAGUCAGGGAUUAAUUGCAGCGAGGGGUCUCCUCUUCUGGGAAAAGCCAAAUCUUUUUGGAGCUCAAAUGAGAGACAAGAGACUGUUGUGCCCCACAGCAAAGUUCAGAUUAAUAAGGCUAAGGAGAACAUGGAUGGUGCAAGAAGUACUCCCACUGUAAUUUCAGAAACUACACUGAAGACCAGUAACACUGAGAACAUGAAAGCAACACAAAGUACAUUGUUUACACCUGCAGAGAGAACCCGGCCUAAAGAGAAGGUUAAAGAAGAAGCUAAAGAGCCAGUGAAAGAUGUCCAUGUUGCAAAGGUGGAGCGGGUAGAGGUGGAAAGCAAGAUUUCAGUGUCCAAAAACAUUCAGCAGCCAAGUAAUAAACCUACUGUUCCUCCUCCACUCAUUCCAGACGAGAAAAGAGACCUGUCCUUCCUCAAACCAUCCAGGCGAACCUCAAGCCAAUAUGUGGCAUCUGCCAUCACUAAAAACACCCCAAAGACCCCAGCUAAACCGAACUCUAUCCAUAAUGUCCCUGACUCCUCUGCCUCUAUGAAAACACAGACUAUUGGCUUCCAGAGAUCGGGUCGGUCCAUACAAGUGAAUCCACACCAAUCCUCCCAGUCAUCUUUGUCAGAUAUUAAAGAGGAUGACUCUGCUUCCAAACUCAAUCCUUCUGGUACUAAGAGGUUUAUGAGCCACCCAGAGUUUGUGUCAGAUAGCCAGAGAGGUUCUGGAGAAGUGAAACCGAACAGGGGAGGAUUUGGAAGUUGUGUUGGAUUGGCCAAAGGAAGCUCUAAUACGCUGGAAACAGAAACAGCCAAGAACAAGCACAUUCAGUCUAGUGGCCCCACCCAGAUAAAUGUGGCCACCAAUAUUAAACAUAUUCGGCCCAGAAGCCCCAACCCUGCACAAAGCAGUCCUCAACUCUCAUCUGCCAAACCACCCACAGCCCCCAAGACCAUAUCCCAGGACCAGAGAAGUAACACAAGGGACAUGACUAAGACAGCCACCCACUUAACACCUGAUGCAAGACCACAACCUUCUGUCAAAGUGUCAGAUGGUGAUGAUGUUUCACAGCCGGUGACAUUGUUUGGGCCAGUUAAAAAGUUCAGACCAGUGAUCAGUAGAUCUGUGGAGAAAGAAACGUCUCUGCACAGCAGCCUGAUGGAGGCAAUCCAGAUGGGGGGGGGCAGGGAAAGACUCAAGAAGAUAUCCACUAAUGGUCUCAGCAGCAUGAAGAAUGCAUCUUAUGUUGAAGAGGAGAAUGAGAGGUCUGCUCUUCUGGCUGCCAUUAGAGGCCAAAACAACUCUGGCAGGCUGAAGAAGACCAAAUCUGAGGCUGCAGAUGAGCUUGAGAGGUUCAGGAAGGUGGCUUCUGAGGACGAGAGAAGUGCAGACGCCCCCUCUUCUUCCUCACAUCCCUCUUUGAAUUCCACCUCACCUUCUGUCUUGACCCCACCACCACCCCCACCACCAGCACCCAUGGUUGCCCCUCCACCUCCUCCCCCUGUAUUGCCUCAGGGUAAGCCUAGCAGUGUGGCACGUCCAAGUGCUAACACCCCCAUGAACCCUGCCUUAGCCAGGGAGGCUAUGCUGGAGGCCAUUCGCUCUGGAUCUGCUGCUGGGAGGCUAAAAAAGGUCGCUGUGCCCACAAAGACAGUACAAGUAAACGGGAGACUGGGAACAAUCCAGGCAACUUCCUCAGCAGUCCCUCAGCAAUAAGAGGGAAGCCCACACCACCGCAACCAGGAAAUUAUUUAUCAAAUUCUAUUCUGGUUUUUGCCAUUGUGCUUUUGCAACAGACGUUUGGAAAACUGGAUUGAGUCAUAUUUUGAGUGAAAGUUAUUUUAACUUCACGUCUCUCACUACCAGUCUGGGGCCUUACGUUUGAACUAUUUUUAAGGAACAGUAAAGCAGGGAGACUUGUUAUUUUCAUGUCAUUAUCUGAUAAAACAUUUUUUUAUAUAAAAGGACAAUGAUUUAAACAUUUCCUCUUGGAAGGGGAAUGUUACUCUGUUAUAGGCCAAACACCUGUAACCUAGUAAGGUGUAAUAGAUGAAAGGUUUGCAGUAAAUUCCAUCCAUAAUAUCAGAUCUCUCAGCUUCUAACAGUGGCUUGCUGGAAAAUAUUUGUGUCCAUCUUUAUAACAUAGUGUUGCUCCUAAACAUAUCUUGCCAUCUGUACUUGAAUUCAGUAGUUUUAACUGGAACAUUGUACAAAAUGUGUGCCAAUGAAAGCAAAUUUAAAUGGUUUAUGCUACUUUCAGAUUUUUUUUUUCUGAUCUUUUUUAUUUGCUUGUACUGCAGUAAGUCAUGGAUGCCUUAUACAGUUGCUCAGUGUUAUGUAUAUGAUGUUUGCUGUAAAAAUUCUUUAUGGGGUGCAAUAAGUUGGAUCUUAUGAUGUUUUCAGAUUUGGACUACUUAAUAUUUGUUUAACAAAUUAAUAUUAUUGAAAUCUAACAUCUCUCUCAUUUAAGAAAACAAUGGAUGGAUGAAUUGAGUAUGUUAUUUUACAUAGAUCUGGUCCAUGAUGCCAACUUCUACAGUUCUUUGCUCUGAGGAGUAAGAUGGUGAUGACUGACUAGUGCCUGUUAACUCAUUAUACUCCUGUUUUAGCUUGUAACCUUCAUUUGUGCUGCUGUUCAUAAUCUAAAGACAUGAUCAGUACUCUGCAGAAAUUUAGAUUUGUGCAGGUGUGAUAUGAUUUACCAUGCCUUGGUAUGUUUGAUAUAUUACAUAUAUCGAUGAACCUUUCCUUUCCUUGGCAUUUCAAUACUUUUGAAACACUGUUAUUGUUGUUUAUCGAUGGUGAAUGCCACAGCGAGCAAAGACAUUAGUUUAUUGAUCAACAAGUCACUACCAAUAUGUAAUGGCUCUAAACUACAAAAAGGCAGUUGUAGGAAAGCACUAGUUUAAGUUACAUAUCUAUGGCCUUGAUUUAGGCUAGUGUUAGUGUGUUUUUCUCUGCUCCUCUGUAGGGUUGUUUACGAUGUGGAGUAGCUAUCGUUGAUAGAAAGACUGUGGACCACUACCAUUAAAUGGUGUACUUACAGAUAAAGUAUGUUUAGAUCUGAGGAAAAACCUAGAGCAUCUAUAUUCAGGUGUAAAGGCUUGCUGCUGUGUAUUGUGAGAUAAAUCUGAGUAAAGGGAGUUGCAUUUAGUUUUAUAGAGAUUUAAUUUAUGCUCAGUUCCAACACUCAAAAAAUAUUUUUAACAUUGUAUGUUUUAUCCUGAGAGUGAAAACCUUAAGAUAUUUUCUGUUUCUUCUCUAAGUAGAACAAGUUAUUUCAUUUUGGCUAGAUGAUUUCAUCUACACACAAUAGCCUACAGCACAUUGUAGCAUUGUAUAUUUUGUAAUCUAAAGGAAGAUCAUCGCCGUGAUACAUUUUAUUUAAAUCUUUGAUAGAAAGCUAUUCCACUGAUAGCAUGAAAAUUUUAUAAGCUAUUGCUUUUUAAGUUGCACAUUGUUUUCCUUUUUUUUUUUUUUUUUGGGAAGGUUAUUUUUGUUUACCUAAUUUGAUCCAAUAAAUAAUUUUGUAAUCAAGACAAAACUGACUUGCUAUAUUUAUAAACGUUAUUUUUCUCUGCAAAUAGCAAAAUGUUAGACUGAACAGAUGGUAGGUUGAACCUUGCCCUGGAAAGCACCACUCUAAUGUGCCUGUGCCAUUCCCAGCACUGUGGUUGCCUGUACACUGUGGCCAUCCUGCUGUCCUCAUGAAAUAUAUUAUGACCUCUCUCUCUCUGUCACACCACAGAUGAGCUACUAUUCCGGGCAGCAGUUUGUCGCCCUGACUCAUCACUAUGUGGUCACAUGAAAUGACUCUCAGAGAACUUGAACCUAACCUGCAUUCCUGAUUGCUGAAACACCCGUCAUUGUGCCCCCAUGCCCUCCUCCCAGAAGCAGUGGAAUGAUGCAAAUAUCCGCAGUAGUUGCAACAUCAAAUGGAAAUACACAGUGUAGAGGUACAUAUUGACAAAUAGAUUGUAGAUGUGUGGUCAUUAUCUGUUUUAAACAAGUUGCAUAAGCUGGUCAGGCUCAUGCUGUGUCUAUUACUUUUGAAUUAUCUCAUUUGCUUGCAUGUGGCAUUGACAAAUACUGUUUCCCCUAAAAAAAAAAAAGUAUUUUAUAAGUGUGAGGGUGUCCCCUGGUAAAAACAUGAAUUGAUGUACCCUCAUGAUCUCGUUGUUGGGGACUUUACUGACCAGAUCAGGGUAAUUUUAAGUAAAUUGUUUCAGUGGUAUAAGUCACAGAGUGCAGUAGACAAGUAAUCUUGGCUGUGUUGGCCAGAGAGAGAGAGAGAGCUGUAAAUUCCUGCAGGGACCACAGGCUUUUUUGUGGGUCAAAAUUCAUGCUCACUCUACAGCCAUUCUAAUCUGCCUUACAAAUCUCUGAAGGGUGUGUAUGGGUGGGUGGAUGUCUCUGUGCGUGUGGGUGGGUGUGAAUGAUAUUUUUGUUAUGUACGUGCGUUUGAGCUUGUGCCUGUGUUGCGCAUCCAAACCAUGUUAACCAUCCCGCCAACAUAAACAACUUCUGAAUCAAGAAUUACCAGAAGAUCACACCACAUGAUACAACAGAAAUAAAUUCAGUUAGGUUUGGCUUUACUCUUGCCUUUACCAACCGUACUGGUUGGUUUGUGUUUGUUGCCAUAACAGUUUCAAAUCAAGGCCUUAGGCGGAGAAUGUCACCAUCCCAAUCAUCAUAUUGACUAAUAAAAUUCAGAUUUAUGUAACCAUGUAAUUUAGAUCACAUCAGACACUUUGUACUGGAUGUAUAGGUAACACAGAUAUGUUUCCUUUUUUCAAACUCAAUAAAUAAUGAGCUGUAAAUUUUAUGAAAAGUGUUGAGUUCCCUCUGUGGCAGCAUUUACUAAAAGCAUAUUCAUCCAUAGUCCU